UCUCAAUGGGCUGAGGGUUUGUGAACGACGCCGAAAAGACUAGCCAACGCCAAAGCACUUUCGUGCCUUUCGGCUGCGUGUGGAUUAACUUUUGAGGUUUUACUCGCGCUGAUUUCGACCAUCGCGCUGCUUUGGCGGAGUUGAGCCGCAACAACAAGAAGUGCAGCGUCCUGGAAAAGCCACAAACUCCACAGCUGGUUUUCCAAGAGUUGGGAAAAUAUCGGCAUUGUUUUUCCCGUAUUCCCAACGGAACCGCGAGACGAGAGGACGAAAACUCUCCGCGUGCAAAUUGUGGUCGAUGUUGGAGAGUCUCGAGACUUCGGGAAGGUUCGGUACAGUCGCGCUUUUGUUCCGUCUCGAGGCUCCUUGAUUUGUAGGGAAAGUAGGAGACUUGUAGCCGCGGCCAAUGCCUGCUCAUAUUUCCUGAACUUAGCUGUGUGUGUUAUCUAUAGUUGGCUGCAGCUGUCUCGUAGACUAGUCGAAGUAAAGUAGGCCUGAGACUCGCUCUCCUGAAUCUUUAUUUUGAUUGGAGUAUUUUUGACACCGACAUUUUGACUGUUUUGAAUCUCGGAGCGCAUUCCUGAAGUAUGGAUAGUGUGUUUGUUGGCGUCGGCGGAGCAGCGGGGACGGCGGGGAGAGGCUGAGUUUUCGACUGAACCCUUUUGGACAACAAAGGAUGUCCGGACCUGGAGCUAGACUGAUCGACACCGAGGGCUCGGUUCUUAAUCCACGCAACAAAUGGACGAGCAAACGGAGCGCGCGGGGAAGCCCACGGUGACCUGUCCCACUAGAGCCGUUCGCAUUUCGAGGCGUUUUGAGUUUUAGUGUUGCCCGCGGGCUUGGCCUGCGAAGCCAUUGAGGAGAGAAGACAACCCAUCGGGUGGAGGGGCGCUGUAUUUAUAUGCUAAUCUGCACUCCCCCCGCUCCUCGCCGCUGUGUGCUACGGAGGGGGUACGGAGAGGGCUGAUCUGAGAUGUGGCUCCUGCAUCUGCUCGCGCUCUUGGCGCUGUGCGCGGGGGGCCGGUCGGCGGCAUCAGAUUGUAAAUCGUAUGACGAGCGCGCGAGGAACCCGGGGAAGAGCUCGAGCUCGAGCUCGGUACCGGCGACCUCCGCCGACCGGAAGGUGGUGUGCAGCAGCAUGGACCUGCGCGAGGUGCUCCCGCCAGACAGCUUCCCCAACCGCACCGUCACCCUGAUUCUGACCAACAACAAGAUCCAGGAGCUGAAGAACGGCUCGUUCCAGGGCCUGUCCACGCUGGAGCGGCUGGAUCUUCGGAGUAACCUGAUCAGCAGACUGGAACCUGGAGCCUUUAAGGGCUUGUCCUCGCUUAAACGCCUGGACCUCUCCAAGAACCUGAUUGGCUGCUUAAAUGGAGAAAUGUUCAGUGGCCUCGGUACCCUGGUCAGGCUGAACCUGACAGGAAAUGUGUUCUCCUCGCUCCCCCCUGGGACUUUUGACAGCCUCACGGCUCUGAAGACGCUUGAGUUCCAGACGCCCUACCUGCUGUGUGACUGUAACUUGGCGUGGCUGCUGCGCUGGCUGAAGGACCGAGGGGUCACGGUGAAGGACACACGCUGCUCAUACCCAAGGACACUCCAAGGUCAACUCGUCACCGCGCUCAAACCAGACACACUCACCUGCGACUUGCCUCUGGAGCUGCCGUCAUUCCAGAUGACCCCGUCGCGGCAGCAGGUGGUGUUCCAGGGCGACUCUCUGCCGCUGCAGUGCCGCGCCUCCUUCGUGUCGCAGGACAUGCAGGUGCUCUGGUACCACAAGGGCAAGAUGGUGCUGCCCAACGCCACCCUGGGCAUCUACAUCGAGAAGAGCGCCGUACACAACUGCUCCCUCAUCGCCAGCGCUCUGACCAUCUCUAAUGUGCAGUUGGCGUCGGAGGGCAGCUGGGAGUGCCGCGUGCGCACCAGUCGGGGGAACAACACGCGCACCGUCAACAUCAUGGUGCUGGACGGCUCCGCCCACUACUGCCCCCCCGACCGCGUCUCCAACAACAAGGGGGAGUUCAGGUGGCCGCGCACGCUGGGGGGCAUCACCACGUCUCUGUCGUGCGGGCGGCCCAAGGGGGGGGCGAUGGGGGGGCUGUACCUGGGGGGGCCGGUGGACGAGCACGUGGCCUGGAGGAGGUGUGAGAGGGGGGGCACCUGGGGGGGGGGCAACUACAGCCGAUGCCCCUUCGAGAAGGACGUCACACGCAUCCUCUACAUCAUCAACCAGAUGCCGCUGAAUCUGACCAACGCUGUGUCCACUGCGCGGCAGCUGCAGGUCUACACUGAGGAGGCCGCCAACUUCUCCGACAAGAUGGACGUCAUCUUUGUGGCCGAGAUGAUUGAGAAGUUUGGAACUUUUGCAGAGAAGUACAAAGAGUUAGGAGACGUGAUGGUGGACAUCUCCAGUAACCUGAUGAUGGUGGACGAGCGAGUGCUGUGGUUGGCCCAGAGGGAGUCGAGGGCGUGUUCUCGCAUCGUGGAGAGUCUGCAGAAGAUCGCCGCUCUACGAUUGGCCAGCGGAGCCCAGCCUGUGAUGUCCCAUAACAUAGCGUUGGAGGCCCAUGUGAUCAAGGCCAGUGGCUUCAACGGAAUGACCUGCACACUGUUCCAGAAGGCCACGCCAGACCGAGCGCAGCUCAGCUUCAAGUGCAACGUGACCAGCACACUGUCCACUCUGGCUCAUAAGAAUACUAUUGUGGAGGCGUCGCUGCAGCUGCCUGCAUCACUGCUGUACUCGCUGGGUGCCAGCCAAUCAGACGAGCCCGUCUACAAGCUCCACCUCCUGGCCUUCCGGAAUGGGAAGUUGUUCCCGCCCACCGGGAACUCCAGUCACCAUGACAACGGACAGAGACGCAGUGUGGCCACCCCAGUACUGCUCACCAGGAUCGAUGGAGCUCCAGUGCGCCCCCUGGUGUCUGCUGUGAAUGUGACGCUGCGGCGGUUUGCUCAGGGCUCGGACGCGGUGGGGGGGCUCUGGAACUCCAGCCUGGGGGGGGGGCAGGGGGCGUGGCAGACCGAGGGGUGUCGCAUCAGUCACCAUGACGACAACUACACCACGCUCUCCUGCGACGUCCUGGGAAACUACGCCCUGCUCAUGGACCUGAGGCGGUCGGAGGAUCUGCCGUACACCUUCACUCCUCUCCACCCUGUGAUCUACGCCACCGCCAUCAUACUGCUGCUGUGCCUCCUAGUCAUCAUCGGGAGUUACCUCUACCACCACAGGUGUGUGUGUGUGAGCCGUAAGUGUUGGCACAUGCUGGUGAACUUGUGUCUCCACAUCUUCCUCACUGUCGCCACCUUCAUCGGGGGCAUCAACCUGACCCGCUACGCCAGCGUCUGCCAAGCCGUGGGCAUCGUGCUGCACUACUCCACGUUGGCGACUGCGCUGUGGUCAGGAGUGACGGCGCGGAACAUCUAUAAGCAGGUGACCCGCAAGGCCAAGCGCUACGAGGAGCUCGACGAGCCCCCGCCUCCUCCCAGACCCAUGCUCAGGUUCUACCUGAUUGGAGGAGGGAUCCCCAUCAUUGUGUGUGGCAUCACAGCAGCAGCUAACAUCAAGAACUACGGCAGCCAAACCACCGCCCCAUAUUGCUGGAUGGCGUGGGAGCCCAGUCUGGGGGCGUUCUUCGGGCCGCUGGCGUUCAUCGUGUUCGUGGACUGCGUCUACUUCCUGCUGAUCACGCUGCAGCUGCGCCGUCACCCCGAGCGACGCUACGAGCUCAAGGAGCCGCCCGGCGACGAGGCGCAGCACCUGGCCGCCGCCAUGGAGACGACCCCCGACCCCCCCCCCGCCCCCCCCGCCCUGCCCCUGGAGAACGAGCACAGCUUCCGCGCGCAGCUGAGGGGCGUUGCCGUGGCGCUGCCGCUCUUCCUGCUGCUGUGGGCGCUGGGCGCGCUGGCCGUGUCUCAGGACCCCGUGUGGCCGGCGCUGGGGCUGUCCGCGGCGUGCCUGUUCGGCCUGACCGCGCUGGCGCUCGCCGCCUUCCUGCUGUCGCAGCACGCGAUUGGCCGGCGGGACCUGCGGCUGCUCUGGGCGCGCUCCUGCGUCUGCGCCUGCUCCUGUUGCCCCCGGCGACGGCGACCGCUCCCGCUCCUCGCUCCGCUCACGCUGCCGCCGGGGUCCGCCGUCGCCAUGGUAGCGCCUCCGCCGCCGUCGUCGUCCAGAGGCAGCGGCGAGGGGAAGUGCGGUCCCGCCCACAGCAGCAGCACGGACUCCUGCUGCACCAAUAAGAACGCUCCCCCCAGCCUGCGGCCCUCGGCCAAGCUGACCAAUCUGGAGGCGGCGCAGAGCAGAGCUCCGCCCACAGCGCUGCUGGACAACAGCCUGACGGAACACUCGCUGGACAACGACAUCAAGAUGCACGUGGUGCCUCUGGACCUCGCGCUCGCCAACGCCGCCGUCGCCCCUAGCAACGUGCCGCCGCCGCCGCAGCCGCUGGUGGGGGGUGUGGCUAACGGUCACGCGGGUCACGCGGGUCACGUUGGGGGCGUGUCUAGCGGGCGGCACCAUAAGAACCGGGCGCGUGUGUGUGCGCGUGAGCGCGAGCGUGAGCGCGGCAGCCGUCUGACGGUGUUGCGUGAGUACGCGUACGACGUGCCCACCAGCGUGGAGGGCAGCGUGCAGAGCAGCGUGCAGAGCGCCCCCCAGAGGCGCGGAGUGGGAGUGCAGCAGACGCGGGCCAGUCGCCGCGCCGCCUACAUGGCCUACCGCCAGCGCCACAUGGCACACACACACGCGCCCGACAGCAGCGACGGCAGCAGCAGCCUCACGCGUCUCACCCGCCCUCGCCACCACGAGCAGCGCCACCCCCGCAACACCUCACACAGCCUGCCGCUGCCCGCGCCCAGCGCACACACACACACUCACACACACACACACACACACACCAGCAACCUCACGCUCACACACGCCACCAGCCUCACCGCCGGCCUCGGCAACGGCCUCGCCACCAGCCCGGGGGACGCAGCGGACGAGGCGCCGGGGAUCGGUUCUGCGCCGGGGAACACGGCGAGCUGUGCAGUGGUGGACGAGCUGGGUUCUGCACUGGGGAACGGUUCUGCACUGGGGAACGGCUCUGGGCUGAGUAACGGUGGUGUGCUCAACUCUGCAGCGGGACCAGGUGUGUGUGAGGGGGGCAGUGAGGCGUUGCCCCUCCCCCUGGAGCCAGAGCCCCGCCUCUUUGACAUGGAGCUCCUCCCACUGGGCCCCGAGCCGGAGCCACGCCCCAAAACACAGAGCUACGGCCUGAACUUGGCCAGCGCCACGGGCCCCCAGAAGGACUCCGGCCUUCAGAACCACCUGGUACCCCAGAACCACCUGGUACCCCAGAACCACCCGCUCACACUCGCCCCCCAGAACCUGCUCACGCUGGGCCCUGAGCGGCCCGCCUCCGGAAACAUCAGAACCGGACUCUGGAAACACGAGACCACGGUGUGAGCAGGACACGUGGGGAAAAGCCCCCUUGUGGACACGUGGGGAAAAGCACCCUUGACACGUAAAGACUCGUAGACUCCUAACAGACACGUUAAAGCCAAAGACACUAAUGGGUCUCUGUGUUCUGAUAUGUGAGUUUUAAAAGACACUAUUGUAACAAUGUCUAUGGUGUGUUUUGAUAUGUGAGUUUUAAAAGACACUAUUGUAACAAUGUCUAUGGUGUGUUUUGAUAUGUGCGUUUUUUAGAUGAUAACUUUUGUUAAGAAAUAGUUGCAGAAACACUUGUACGUGUACGUGACUCUUGACCCAGAGACUGACCCAUGAGACUGAGAACUGGACCAGGGGGGGAGAGGUCAUGUGACGGGGGUCCACACUUGGUCAUGUGACGGGG